AGGUGCCCUUGGGCAGAAGAACUCAGUUCACAUUUAAAAUUAAAUCACCACCGCACGAUGGGGAGACACGCCACGGCGUUACCAUUGAAGCGGGUGGGACGUCGGCACUGAGCCGGACGCUCGGUCCGCUGUCACCCCCCCCCCCCCCCCCCCCCUUGCCGAGUGAGCGGGCGAACGAUCCAAGGAGCGGUUGGCGGUUGGCCCCACCCUUCCCCGCGCGCCGCCGGCAGCUGCCGACCAUGGGCUCGAGGAAGGGCGGCGCGGGGCGGAUCACCAUCCACGGGUCGUUUGAGAGGGAGCACUCGGGAGCUGUCGACACUGCCAUAUGUCCAAUGAAAUCUCCUUUAUCCCAAAAAUGUGCAAGAAUACAGAGUCCAGAAAAAUGUCACAGUACAUCAAAAGAACAGCAAUGUGUGAACUGGCUCUCAAAGAAGUAUUUUACUCAUCUCCAGGCCAAAGCAGUUCUGGAAUCCAGUGAAGUUCAUGCUCUUUGCCAGCCUAUAUAUGACACACAAGAAAGCUUUGUGAAGGAGUUGGAUAAAUAUUUGGCCUACAAGGAUAUGCUAAACCUGCGAAAGAAAGAGCUAUUAUACAAGAAAUGGAAUGAGUGUGUCUAUCAACCACUGCAGUGGAAACUCCGAUCAAUAUUAAACCAGUCAUUUGAAAGAAGGCGAGCUUCAAUUUUACAAUACUUAGAUUACUGCAAUAAAAAGGAGCCUGUAUUUUUGGAAAAUUAUAAUGCCGAUGACUUCAAUCCAUUUGUCCCUCACCUGUGCAAACCUCAUACCUUUAAGACAAGGACUUUCAACUCUCAAUGAUCCUCUGCUGUUGCAGAGUCGAAGCAAGAGUGAGGAAGAUAGUGCUAUACAGCAGUGCCAAGAAGGUGAAGUUUACUCUUUGAAACAAAGUAAAGAAUUUUUCCCGCCCGCAAUUACCUCUAUAUCCAUUGGGUCGCCAUAAUAUUGACUGCAUUGCCUGGCUUCGUGUACCAUUAAGCUAUAUUGAAAGUGAUGUCCGACAAAGAAGCAGGAAACGCAUAAUUUCAGAAACCACUAGAAUCUAGACACAAGUUCAUCCGCUUUUGCUGAGGCAGAUGCAAAUAUGUAAGAAGUUUUUCCAAGAUUCAUAUAUGAAUGGCCAUUCUAAUAUCUACCCUGGCAUACAGAUGCAAAUCUUCCAGAUUCAUUCAUUCAACAAUUGAGGUUCAGUUCAGUUCUUGAAAAUUGUCCUAAACCACCUUGUAUGACAACCAUCCCUAAAACUAAGUAAUAAAAUGACAUCACUUAAAAUACAAUUAUUGUUUUUAGCUGCUCACAUCGUAUCUUUAACUUAUAAACAGAAGUACUUAAUUGCCAAAAUGUGACAGCAGAAAAAAAGAAAAUGUCACAAGUGCUAUUAUUUAUGUGCCAAUGUUUACUUGUAUGAAAAUCUAGAAGUAUGAAUAGUGGGGAAUUUAAACAAAAACUGAAAAAGCUACAUGUAAUUGGUUGACCAGAAUUCAUGACUUUGGGGAUUUAAAACCUUAAAUGUACAUUUGAGGCAGGGAGAAGGUGGUAGAGGGCAAUGAAGGUUUACUUUUUCUAACUAGAACAUAAUGUCCGUAAGAGAUGCAUUCAUUGCAAACCUAAAAUGAACUGCUCUACUUUGGUUAUAACUUGGAGGGGUUAUUGGUGAGGCCAUGUAAUUUGCUAUUAGCCUCGUGUGCAAAGUGAGAAUAUGACUGAGUUUUCUUCAGGUGGUUUGCAGAAGUACAAGGAAGAAUGGAAAGGAGACAGUUUAAACAUUACAUGGGCCCAGAUGACUUUUAAUUUCAGUCUGGGGCAUAAAGUGGGAAUUUCAUUUUAAAGUUUACUGGAACUGGCCAAGAAAUUUAUCCCUGAUGUUUGGAGGAAGUAUAUUGAUUCAGGGUCAAACAUUGUGACAGUGUAACUCUUCAGUGCUUUUGGCAAGGAGAAUCACAUGGUAAUAUUUGAUAUCCCACUGGUGGGAUUUCAGAGUAAGCAUUGUUACGUUCAUUGGAUUUUGUAACUAUUUCCCAAGGUUUGGAGCAAAAAGUGCACACUAAUUGUAAGUGGGAGUUCUGUUACUGAACUGACCAUUGACCCUGAAUGCAAGAAAAUAUGAUGAAAAGUCAGAAUAUCUUAUAGCUGUCAUUGUUAAAAAUAAGUGUGAACCAAUGAGCUACUUAACUGAUGUCAAAAAGCUUAAUGUUAUUGUAAAGCACAAAUUAUAAGAAUCUGAUUUUGCUCCUCGAGUUACUUACCUAGAAGUUUACCUGGGAUUCUUGUGAUUUAUUUUAUACCAAAAUUUAGAGUAGGAUUAGAGACUGCUGUUUACUAGGGCAGUUAAUCAAUAGCCAUUAAUGUGAUUUCAGAUUAACAUUAAGUUUACAAUUAAGCCUAUGCAUUAAUGAAAAUCUGAAGUCUUAAUAUAAAAAGUUUCACACUGGAGUUCACUGUUUACUUUUAAGCUGGCACAUUGCCUCAGAGUUUAACCUUCCUGCUCUUGAGCCUGAUCAACUCUGAUGUUGGGGAUGGUUCGUGGGGGAGCUCCUGAUUUUGAGCCUGGCCCAAUCCUCUUUCCUGCUGCCCCACCCACAAAAUUCCAGGAUCACUGAUGGCAGAUUUGACUCUUGCUUCCACUCGACUGUGGGACAGUAUGAACAUACGUGUGCGUGCAUGCAAGCAUCCAUGAUUAAAAAGAGGAGAGACGAGGGUGGGGAAGAGGAAGAAACAGGAAAAGUUUGAGAUAGAGGCUGGAAGGGCAUGGGGAUAGAAGGAGAGAAUGUGGAGGGGGAGGAAGUGUGAGUGAGUGCUGGCAUCUCACACCUCUUUCCCUCCCUCUUAUCUCUCACUUCUUGACUCUUCCCCUUUCUCACUUCUGCUCCCUCUUCAGCUCUCACACUCAAACCUAACUAGCUCCCCUUCCCCUUGUUAUAAACAAACCAAAAAUAAUCUGUUCUUGUGUGAGUAGAAUUGGAAGAAUGAAAAGUUUAUAGGGCUGCUGGAGGUUAGAGAUGGAGCAAAAACAGGGUGAUUUGAAAACCAAGAGUUUUAUAUUAUUAUCUGUUGUUAACGCUAUGCAUUUUCCAUUUGACUGUACAAAAAUGUUCUAUUAAGUGCAAUUAAAUCCAAAUAUUUGUAAAUUGCUUGACAGCCUAUUAUUAUUUACUAUAUACUAUAUUAAUACUUUUGUCAGACCACUUGUUAAUGUUUCACACAAUUCUUGUUUCAUUAUCUGGAAAUAAAGACAUACUC